CAACCCCCCGCUGUUCGCCCAUUCUCAUCUUCUCGGAUCAUGGUCGUCUGCCAGUACCACACCAGAUGUUGCACAGUUCCUCAUCUGCUGCCUACCAACCCGUGGGUGCGAGGUGGGCUGGAUGACGCCCGUUCGCCGUGCAUCGUGUUCCCCUCUCGAGGCCUAGCCCGAGUUGCCUCCUCAACACUUGGUGGUUGCAUGCUGCAGACAUGGCUACCUAACUGCUUCAGUGUCUAUGCGCCAUAUAAGAGGCCGCCAGCCCAAACCGUUGGCAGACUGGAGCAUAUGGAUGAUGAAUCGAUAGCCUCUGUCGGGCCCUCUCCACUACAGAAAAAGAACAAACGUGAUCAUCGUCGUCGCAAUCAACAAUCAAGCAAUGCAUUCGAUGAUACUUGCUAUCGCACUGUACCCCCCAACGCUCGGGACAUGGCAGACGUACACGACGGCAGACAGCUGUAUACACACGGCGACAAUCAUCAUCACAGGUCUCGCCGAGUCUGACUAGAAGGAGCAAGCAGCAGGUGCUGAAUCAACUACCAUGUACCAUGUGAGGCCAAAUCAUGAGUGUACUCGUCGUCGUCGUCGCCGCCGUCCAAUCCGUAUGCUCACACGCUCCCCACCGGCGCCGGACCUGGCUCCGAUGCCUGCCUGCUCUGGGCAGAAUCCCCUCCCUCGCCCGCUCGUGGGUUCAUUGAUUGAUUGAUUCCGUGCGCCUACAGACAAGGACGCGGUGAUAACGACAGCGAUAUAAGUAUAUGUGUAUGUAGGUUCCUUGGUGAUGCAUGCUCCAAACAGCCGAUGCUGUAGGUCAUGGAGCUUAAUAAAGGUACCUGGAGCACUUGGUAUGCGGCGGCCUCUGCCUGACUCCUCGUCCCCAAUCCCAGUCCUCCGGGGCGCCCCAAGGCAGGGAAGAGAGGGAAGCCCUGCUGGGCCCUGCAGCGAAUCAGGCCCCACUGCCCUCGACCAGCUGCACGCCGCCUGUUUUUCCGCUGCAAAUCGCUGUUCUGGCCCUCCACUUGGAUCAUCUUCAGGACGCGGGCCGUCCGUUCGUUCAUCCCCCAUCCCAUCUCUCUCUCUCACUCCCUCUCCCUCUCUCGCUCGCCCGCCCGCUCAGCCCAGCCCAGCCCAGCUAGCCUCCCCGGAUGCCCGCCAUAGCGUGCUGACUUGCUGUGCAACGCCCGCUGCCCUCACCGCCGUCUGUUCGUCACUUUCCAACGGCGCCAUGCACGUCGAACAAGCUUCGCGCAGCCAGCCGGCUAACCCACCAUGCCGCAGCCUCUGCUAGACCAAACCGCCGGGCAUCUGUGAAAUCCCAUCGUCCUCGCUGAUGCUGCUGUCUGUCAAAGGGACCAAAAAAAAACCCCCCCUCUCCAUGCCAUGCCUGUCUGUGCAGCCAACCCCACCACCACCGACACACUCGGACGUGAGAGACAAAGUCAGCAGCCCACGAUUACACCACCCAUGCGUGCCUAUCAGCAGGAGAGAAGACCCUCCAAAACAAUACAAAACCACCUCAGGAUCCCAUAUCGUCUCCCUCGUCUGCCAAUCGCCCAUUUCCUUUACCCGCCCUGCAAAGUCUCGUCCGUCCUUCGGCAAGCCGAAAAUCUCCCUGCCUCUCCUUCUCCCCACAUGCCGUCGCUCCAACCUCCCGUGCCUACAAGCUACAACCAACAUCCCGGCUCACCAUCGCGAUCCCGCCUGCCUCUGCAUACCAGCACUUGAGAGACAUGCCACACGUGCCCCCCGCUCCCGCCCAUUCUGAUCAUCUUCCUCUGUCCUUGUUUGCUUUUUAUUCCUUCUCGUCUGAUAGCUACGCGAUAACCCCACAGGGCUGACGCUUAUCACCACCCCAUAUCUGCCGUAUCGUGUCGUAUCGCAUCGAGAGUAUCCACUAUCAAGAUACCACACAGCCACUCACCUCUCCCACGUUGCCGCAGCCACAGCAUCCUAGAGACAACCAGCCGGGAACUGGAAAAAAGCAACCCGCAGAUUACCAAGGGAAAUCCAGACGAAUCAGCACAAAAAGCAACAUGCACGAAAACGACCAUGAUACUCAAUUACCCU